AUGGAAAUUGAAAGUGAUAAUAAAUAAUAAAAAUCUAGGAAAGAUGAAUAAAUAUUUUAUGAAACAAGAAUACAAAAAGUAAACCCAAACAUAAGUAAAAAGAAAUAAAAAAAGAGAUUAAAACUACAAUGGUCUCCAAUAAUAACUAAAACUUUGGAACCUGAUGAAAGUCCUAUUUUUAUUUAUAACUUUUUUAGAAUGAUGAAAAGUUAUGAUGAUAACAAUUAUGAAAGAUUUAAUAAUUAUGGAUACUAAGAUGCGGGUAUAGGCAUUAUUGAAUAAAUAAAACUUGAUAAAGUGAAUGAAACCAUAGAUAUCUCAAUGACUACAUAUUCUUAAGGAAUCGUUAAUUUUAGGCACUUAAUUAAAAUGUAUAAAUCUUAUUAACAUUAAAAGUAUUACGAAUUGGCUUAGGUUCUGCAAGAAUACUAAAAGUGGGCUGAUAAAAUCUAAGCUUGUAGAUAUUAAAUGUAAAAAUCUGAGCUAUAGAAUGAAGAUUUGCUUGAAUUAAACUAAUUCUAAUUUUAAUAAUUUCAAAAAAUAGCUAAGGAGUGGACAAAUGCUUAAUAUGAAGAUUAGUUGUAUGACUUUAUUAUUGGUUAUUUUGAUUAUAAAACAUUAUGCCCAGUAUUAAAAAUGCAAGUAAUUUCUAAAAACUUAUCGUUAUUUGUAGGGAAUGGCUUUGAAGAAACAUAUAAUAGCAUUUCUAAUCAAAAAAAUAAGGAUUUUUUUAGUUUCUUUGUUAGAGAUUCCAAAUUCGAUGGUAUGUAUUAGCUAGAGAAAACUAUUAAAUAUAUAAACUAGACAAUUAAUUAUCAAGAAGAUUUUUUAAUUGAUGAAGAACUUACAACAGUAGAAGGCUAUAACCUUACUAGUAUUUUAUAAUAAGUCAUGGUUAUAAUGUUGAACCUCAAUGGAUUAAAUUUCUAUUAGAAAAGAGGAGCAGCCAAAGGAAACCAACACUUGAUUAAAAUAGCAUCACUAAGCUAAACAUAGUGA